AUGCCUGCGACCAUCCUUCCCAGUUGUCAGGUGCAAAAAGAGUCGGCCAAAGCAAAGCCGAUGCCCACAACCAAACCGGCGAAGCUCCCCAAAGCUACAGGACAGAGACGAUUGAAACACCACGGAGAACCGGUCUCGACGGCUGAAGCAGAGGUCAAGGUGGACGAGGUGCUCAAAACUUUGCCAAAGAUGAAGACCAAAGAACUUCGAAAGCUGGGGGAGGCCAUCCUUGGCGAGCUGUCGUCUCGAGCUGCGCUGCCUGUGCGAACGGAGUUGUGA